GGCGUGUUCCGGAGAUUAUAUCGAGUGUUCCUCAAUGUCGUUGAUGGGAACUAAAUUUUCACACAUCUCGCGUGUAUAAAAAGCCGAUCGUCCCAGUUGGCUGGAAUUUUUUGAGCCAGACGGCUCCAAACGGUGCGCAACAUGUUAUCCUUCCAGUAUGUCCUAGUUUGUGGUUUAAUAGCUGUUGAUUUUUCAAAGGCAAUGCUGCGAAGCAGAAUACGAGGAAUGAGGAUAGUGAGCGACGAAACACCGCCUCAGGAGGGAGCGCUCCCACUGGACCCUGCCGCCGACAACGCGGCCUUGCAUCAUCUAUAUCACCAACAAGACCCCUGCUGGAACGCGCCCCACAAUCCUGGCCCUAAUCACGAGGCCUCACGAGCCUGUCAACGCGCCUUCAACGCCUUCAAUUUGCGACCCCUCAACCUGCGAGACCGUUGCCCUUUCGCAGAGGAACCCAAGUGCCGCUACUUCGGCAGCCCCCCCGUCAAGCAUUGCUCCGUCAAGAAACGCAGACCGGCCUGGUGCGCCAUCCUCGGCUUUCGCCACGAGGUCGUCAAGCUGUCGUCUUGCGCAAGGCCGGUCUUCCCGGGCUUCGUCCCCGCGAUGCCCCCCUUGCAAGUCCCCCCGGUUGUAGUUUUUCCCGGAUUGUAAAUGGAUCACAUGUUUUUUAAAAUGUCCGACUCGGUCUGAAGAAAUGGAGAGAUACCCGAAAAUAUUGUUGAAAAAUAAGACUAAUUUUUAAGUCCUUGAAAAAAUAAUAAAUCAAUCAAUUAAUUCUUAA